UUUCCAGAAAAGCAGGGGCAGGAGAAGCAGGAGCCGGUGCGGGUUCAGCAGCCGUCCACAGCCGCGGGAGCCUCGCUGCGCCUCCGCCUGGUGCGCCCCUCUCGGCCCGCUGCGCUCUGCCACUGACAUGUGUGCCGCCGGGAUGCCGCUCCUGUCGCACAUCUUCCGAGGGACGUUCGUCCACUCCACCUGGACCUGCCCCAUGGAGGUGCUGCGGGAUCACCUCCUGGGAGUGAGCGACAGCGGCAAAAUAGUGUUUUUAGAAGAAGCAUCUCAACAAGAAAAGCUGGCCAAAGAAUGGGGUUUCAAGCCAUGUGAGAUAAGAGAACUGAGCCAACAUGAGUUCUUCAUGCCUGGGCUGGUUGAUACACACAUCCAUGCUGCUCAGUAUUCCUUUGUUGGGAGUAACGUAGACCUGCCGCUUCUGCAGUGGCUGACCAAGUACACGUUUCCUACAGAACUCAAGUUCCAGAACUUGGACUUUGCUGAAGAAGUAUAUACUAGAGUUGUUAGGAGAACACUGAAGAAUGGAACAACCACAGCUUGUUACUUUACAACAAUUUACACUGACUCAUCCCUGCUCCUUGCGGAAAUUACAGAUAAAUUUGGGCAGCGGGCAUUUGUGGGCAAAGUCUGCAUGGAUAUGAAUGACACAGUUCCAGAAUACAAGGAAACCACUGAGGAAUCAAUCAAGGAAACAGAGAGGUUCGUGUCAGAAAUGCUCCAAAGGAACUAUUCUAGAGUGAAGCCCAUAGUGACACCACGCUUUGCCCUUUCCUGCUCUGAGACGAUGCUGGCCGAUCUUGGAAACAUCGCGAAGACCCGUGAUUUGCACAUUCAGAGCCAUAUAAGUGAAAAUCUUGAUGAAGUUGAAGCUGUGAAACAGUUAUUCCCCAGUUAUAAAAACUAUACAGAUGUGUAUGAUAAAAACAAUCUUCUAACAAAUAAGACAGUGAUGGCACAUGGCUGCUACCUUUCCGCAGAAGAACUGGAUGUUUUCAGGGAGCGAGGAGCAUCGAUCGCACAUUGUCCCAAUUCUAACUUAUCGCUCAGCAGCGGCUUACUCAAUGUGCUAGAAGUGCUGAAACAUGACGUGAAAAUAGGGCUGGGUACAGAUGUGGCUGGUGGUUAUUCACCCUCCAUUCUUGAUGCAAUCAGAAGAACAGUGAUGGUUUCCAAUACCCUUUCAUUUACUAAGAUAAAUGAGAGAAGCCUCACCCUCAAAGAGGUAUUCAGACUAGCGACUCUCGGAGGCAGCCAAGCCCUGGGGCUUGACAGAGAAAUCGGAAACUUUGAAGUGGGCAAGGAAUUUGAUGCCCUCUUGAUCAACCCCAAAGCAUCUGAUUCUCCCAUUGACCUGUUUUCUGGGGAUUUUGUUGGUGACGCUUUUAUCCAGAAGUUUCUCUAUCUAGGAGAUGACCGAAAUAUUGAGGAGGUUUAUGUGGGCGGAAAGCAGGUGGUUCCCUUUUCAAGCUCAGUCUAAGACCCUUGGCGUCUCCAAGUUCUCCUGGAUAGCGUGGUUCUGCGCCCCCUUAUGCCCAGGCAGAGUUAGAACGUCAAAAAAUAGUACCUUGUUCUUGGGAUGACUGUCUCUUUGUAUGCUUACUUACAGUGCUCACUUGACAAAUCGAAGGAAGUUUCACUAAUUCUCAACUCUCUUGUUGGGAGGAUUCAAAAUGUAUCCCUUCUGAGCUGUUCAGAUUUACUUUAAGCUUAAAUAUAAAAGAAUGUUAUGACUAGUGGUGUUCUUGUUAUGAGAUUUAAGUAAAAUCUACCUAAUAUUUGGAAAUGUGAAGAGGAAAGAUAUUCCUGUGAGGUUUGAUAUUUUGAGCUAGUAAAUGUGAAAACUGGAUAUGGAAAAUAAACCAGUGAAUAUAUUUUUGAGGGAGAAAAAGACUACAACCAUUGGAAAAUCAUUUUCAGAUUGCUCGACAAUUGUAUACUGAGCUUACUAAUUUAAAAAGAGAACUCAUUGAGAUGUGAAACGUGUUUCUAGGUUGACUUUGUGUUCUGGAAAUUUGCACUUAAUGGGAUUUGCAUUUCAGAGACUUGUUAUUGUUGUGCUUUGCCUUCUUUGGGGAUGAAUCGUCAGAAAUUGAAUGCCACGUGCUUUCUUCAUAUAGUUCUGUGCUUCAAAAUGUUUGACAGAGUUGGGCAGUAAAGAUUUAAAGUCUCUUAGGAAUAGUACUCACAUAACUGCGUGGCAUAAACAGUUGUAUUUUUGUGUCCUUUAAGUCACCUUCAUGUAUAACUGGGCGGCGCUGUUACUGCUUCAGUUUUACUAGAAGAGAAACAAAUUCCACACUCCGCUGUUGGGUAGACUGAAGUCUUCAUAAAUUGGGGACAAGUGCUGGGCACUCACGAGCUGUUAAUACUGAAAGGAAGGGUUUCAUUGCAAUGACCUCGUCUCCCCAAGGACUAUGCCAGUGAUGGCAAACCUAUGACACGCGUGUCAGAGGUGACACGCGAACUCAUUUUUUUGGUUGAUUUUUCUUUGUUAAAUGGCAUUCAAAUAUAUAACAUAAAUAUCAAAACUAUAAAUCUUUGUUUUACUAUGGUUGCAAAUAUCAAAAAAUUUCUCUAUGCGACACGGCACCAGAGUUAAGUUAGGGCUUUUCAGAAUGCUGACAUGCCGAGCUCAAAAGGUUCGCCGCCACUGGCCUAUGCCAUAGUCGUUGGCAAUUUCAUACUCGGAUCAAUCUGUUAGAACUUUUAAAUGAAGGCAAAUCCUAUUAAAAGAAAUAUUAAAACUCUAAACCUUGCAUAUCGCAGGCACUCUAUUUUCCAAAUUUUAUCCUAUCGUAGGACAUUAGAGUUUUAGUAUAGUGAAAAAUAUGUAGACAUCCCACAUAAUGUUUAUAUUAAUAGGACAUAAUCUGCACCAGACAUCUAGGAAGAUUAAGCAAAGCAAGGAGUAUUUUUCUGCCUCCUAACUAAUUAGGGUACUGUCCCAUAACCUAGAAUUAAAAGCAAAUUAUGACUAUGAUAAAUCCUUUACAAGUAUUGAUGUGAAUGCUAUUUAAAUACUAUAUUUUUCUCCUUUAAUUUCAAAUAAUAUAAACUAACAAUGAAAAGGAGUAGGUUUUCUUAAUAUUUCAUAGCACUUAUUAAUACCUUAUAAUAGAGAACUUUAUGCUACAGAGCUAACUCCAUAUAUAGAGAAGUAAGGACAAAAUUCUCCCUCUUGCAUAUAAUUUUAUUCUCAUAUAAUCAUGCUUAUUCAGCAGUAAUUUGCCCAGUUAUUGUUGUUGUUUUUCCUUUGUGGAAGCACUUUUAGAGUUGACAAAUAUUUAGUUUGAUUUUUUUCAAUGACAGAUUUUUUUUUUUAGGAUAUUAAAAAACUCAGUAAAUCUAAUUUCUAGUCUCAACAGCUGUAUUUCCAGAAUCCCUGCGCCAUGUCAAAGACGGCCCACCAGACUUCUCCCCAUUCCUCUGCAGUGCCGGCAUGAGUUUUCUGCUCUAUCUCUUAAUCCGUGCCACAGGAACUCAACUACCUGGUGUUUGACCCACAAGAGUGGGCUUAGGAAUUUGGACGAGCUAUUCAAGAUUCACGAACAGGCAGCAGCUGUCCCCAGCCUUUGCAAGAUCCUAUAUUUUUACCUUCCUCAAGGGUGUACAUUUUAAGGUUGAACAUCAGUUUUCAUUUAGAUUUAGGAUUCAUAUGCAGUAAGUAUAAAUAAGUGUAGUGUCAGAAGCAGGAAGAACGGCCAUAGACAAGCACUUUGUCAAAUGUUAAAUUUAGCCCUGAUAGUAUGUUAAGACCUGAAUAUCUUGUCUAAUAAAUAUAGAAUGUCUUGAAAUGUGACAUGUGCUUUGAUCUUCCUACACCGCUUAGAACUUGUGUGCUUUAUCCUCCAAGUGCCGCGUUCCUGAAUGGUGCAUAUGCUCUUUGCAGUACUUCGGGCCUUAGCCAUACAUGGGCCCAGAUGUUCUGCACUUUGAAAUGUGGCCUUUGCCUAAUGUGGGUUGACUUGCUGAAUUGUGGGGAGACAGUACCCCCAGCCAAUUCUGUUUGUUGUUUUGUGUUUAAAUAUUUUGCUUUCAAACAGGAAAGAAUUAACACUUCUAAUCAGCCCCCUCACUUCACCCUACACUCUUUUGCCUCAGGUUUUGUGGAGUUUUUAAUGGAGUACACGUUAAGAGGCCAAAACAUUUCCAGUAGGAUCGACUGCCAUACAUUUAAAAGAAUAUGUUUGCAAUUAGAACACAAAAGCAGGCUAAUCAGCUAAGAUGAAUUUAAUUUUCAAAAGAGAGUGAGCCCUAACCGGUUUGGCUCAGUGGAUAGAGCAUCGACCUGCAGACUCAAGGGUCCCAGGUUCGAUUCCGGCCAAGGGCAUGUACCUUGGUUGCAGGCACAU